AUGGAAGUAUUCAUGGACGAUUUUGUUGGAAUGGGCCAAGACCAUCCCAGCAAUCCCUUGGAAAAUCAGCGAGCCGUUCUCAGCCACAACAUUGACAAGGUCUUCCAACCAAAUCGACCCACGGACAACCAAUGGCGAAAAGAGCCACAGUCACAAUCAAAAAUGGCCAAGGGAGAUGCCUCUUGGCACACAGUUAAAGAAGCCUUGGGUUGGAACUGGGGAGCGACGACAAAGACAUUGCAAUUGAAGGAAAAACGAGUGAGCAAGGCCCUGGCACUCCUUGGCGAGGUCCUGGAUUGCAAACGAGUCUCCCUGAAACGAUGGCAGCAGGUGUUAGGAGUCUUACGAAGCCUGCAGCCAGGAAUGUUGGGCAGUGAGGGACAUUUCUCCUUGCUGCAAGAUGCAUUGAUUUGGCAGUGGAUUGUAGGGUGCGAUCAACUCUUGGCAACUGUACAGGAUGCCGACCGCCGUGAUCUCCUUGAUGACAUCCGUGCUGUUGAACUUGGAAUCGAAUGCGGAGUCUGUCCUUCAAGAGUUGCAAAGGCACACUCUGUCUGGACCACAUGGGUUGCCUUCUGCAACAGCCUCACCCUCGACCCAGGAUUGUCAACGGUCGAUGAUCCCUUGCUCAUCAUCCUUCUUUUUGGAACCCAAUGGCGACGUGGAAAAAUUGCCCCCAGUAAGAGACAGGCCCAGGGUCGAACGGCUGAAGAUGCCAUGCGCCAGGUGGGCCAGACCAUUUCCUCAUUGGGACUGCUCGAUCCGAGGAUGAAUCGAUAUGCACCGGGCACCAUGGACUUUCGUUGGACGCGGCUGCUGAAAAGUUGGAAGAAGGCGGAUCCAGCGGCACAACGAGUUCGCCCAUUGCUAAAGGCCUUGUUACGGCAAGCGUCCAAGCUAGCCAAAAACCCACCAGUACCAAUGCCGCAAAGGCUAUGA